CACUUGCCAGUUGAUAACCAACCUCUUUAGUGAGUGCACGCCAGUCGCCGCUUGUAUCCGAACGCUACCGCGAACAUUUUUAAAAACACCGAACGCCUUUCCCGCGUUUAUAAUACAAACUUUUUUUAAUUCAAAGUAAAUUCGCAGUGAACUAUUUCGUUCAGAAAUAUGAAGUGACUGAAAACUUUUUAGUGAAUACUUUUUUGGGAUUUGGUUUGAGGAGUGGAUGUGAAAACUGGAAAGGGCCCGGAACGGGUCGACUCUCCCUUCGCACUUCCGAGUCAGAACGAUGACGGUGAAGAAGGCCACCCGCUGCGGCGGGUACGCAGCAGUGGUGGCUCGACAGAAGCUGCACAGCAACCAACAGCUGGACAUCCUCACCAUCAAGCCGCAACACACCAACUACAACAUCACCGUCGGCUUCAACGAGAAAGACCAACUUCAACUCACACACAAAGACGACAACGACAAACUCAACAACCCCAACAAACAAGAGAACAUCGCCAUUGAUGACAUCACAAAUUGCGUCAACAUUGAAAACUACCCGAACUGCGAAAACACUCUAGUCUUCUACGUAACCAAAAAUUUGAACAAAGAAGCGAUAGCGCUGAAAUUCGAAAACGAACAGGAUUUCAAGCGAAUAUACUUCACGUACAAAUACUUCAAAAUGAGGAACCGACUGACAAAUAACAGUAACAAUUACACAGACAACGUGUUUGCCAAGAAGAACUACAGUUUGAAGAGUAGGAAAAGCAGUAUCGAUGAUUUCAUCAGUAUUUAUGAUAAGAAAGACUACUUAGAUGAUGGACUUUCACUAGUUCAUCAGAAGACUCGUUAUGACCAGCCGAUGAGUUUGAUUGGUAUACGGAAUGACAUGGGUGAUGGUGAGAUCGAUAGUAUAAUAUACACGGAUAUAGACAUCCCUUCGAAGCCGGAUAGGAAAAGGUUGUUUCAUAAAAAACCUAAAGCGCCUCCGCCUCCCGUUGUUAAGGAUACGAAGGUCCUAAAAGGAGAAUUCGUGAGGGUCAACGUGGAACGAGCGCCGGAUAUAAUUCCCAAGGAUAGUAAGAUAAAUAAAGUCCCGGAUAUAUUGAUGUUCAGAGACUCCAAACCUAAGAGGACAAGCCCAACAAGCAAUCUUUGGUCGGCGAGCAAUAAAGUGUCAACUGGCUACGAGUCCGACAGAGAAGAAUGGAGAACCAGCAGGUCCCAGUUUUCUACCACCGCCUUCGACAGCCUCGCGCGCCCUGCGAAAGCAGCCAUGGCUUUGACCAUGAGGAAACCCCCGAGAUUGGAACCAGUCCAGUACUACAGAUUACCUAACGACAAGCCAAAACUGACCCCUUUACCGUUCAGGCCAAACAACUUCUUAUCACGACCCCCAAGACUGCCACGUCCCAAUCCGGAUAUCAAGAGGAAUCUAAAUUUGAACCUAAGCACGGACCACAGAAAAUUCACUUCACUGCAAAGCUUAGACAUACCCAAGAAGCUGAGCGAGCCGAAAAAGGCAAUCGAAGUGAAAAAGACGAAUCAUUCAAACCUGUCCACGAAGAUCACAGGUCUUACGAAUAAGUUGAGAGAUUUAGGUAAUCCAAGUAAUACUCUUGGAAGGUUCAAAGCCCAAUCACAUGGUGAUGUUGCGAAUCUGAAGCCAGUAUUGAAAGAUGGGAAGAGAUCAGUAGUGAGGACGUGUAGCGCUGAACCACCAAAGAAAGUUACAUUCAGCGCGUUCGCUACCGUUCAAGUUGUGUAGUAAGUAUUUCAAAGAUUUUACUAGUUUAGGUAGCGUUUUCAUGUGACUAACAUAGUUUUUAUUAAAGAGUCAAAAUUGUAUUGUAAUUUCGGGUUUUAUUAAGUCUUUUGUUUUUAGGAAGCCUUGACUUUGACUGAUUCUUAAUUUAAAUGUCAGAACUAUUUCAAUGCCAGUCUAGCAUCCUAUUACGUGUUAAUUUGACUUAAGUAAUUACUCGAAUUGACUUAAAUAAUAUUUUAAUGUUCUAUUUUUAAGGCAGGUAGGCCGGGAUAGUGUUAAUAAAACGAUCAUACUUUUACUUAAAAUUGCAUAACGUUGCCUUAUAGAAAAAAACACGUAAGCGCGUUGAUGACAUUUUAUUCAACAAAACCACGAUUUCUUUUGAAAUAUUGAGACCAUAUUUUUACUUGAAUUGAAACGAGUUGAUUGAGGUUUUGUUAACAAAAAACAUUUUUUCUCAAAGGCGCUUACUUGCUUUUUAACUAUAAAGCAACGAUAUAUUGUAUAAAUCACGUUUUACUUACAUAAUGCACAUUAUUUGUAUGAUCCUCAUGGAAUUGUCUGUAAAUAAAAUUACAAGUCAUUUAAAAUGGCCAAGUACUUUUGUUCUGUUAAGUCAAAGAAAGAUUAGCAUAAUAGUUGACUUUCAGAAGUAAGCUUUCUUCCUAAUAACGCGUUUACACUUCCAAUACACCAUGAUGGAAAUAUCUCAGUGGAAAAGGUCGAUGAUGUGGUUUUAUAAGAGCAGCUUCAGUGCUAGGGCGUUGAAGUCUGUCAACUCAGAAGGCACAGAAGGCGCAAAGACGUACAAUCUUGCGACGAAAUUUGGCUGUGUAAAGUACAUUGAAGCAAUUCAUCUAAAAACCAGAAUUGCUAUUUGACAUUCGUUAACAUGGCGCCCUUACAAAAAUAUUGUCAAAGAACAAUUGAAUAUCGAAUCGACCGAUUUAUAGAUUCCAUGUUCAAAACUUUCCAUACAUCGAUCGUAACUUGUCCUUGCGAACGUAACAUGAUUAGAAUGACAUAUCUCUCCUCUCUAUCAUACUAAGCUGUAUACCUUUAGUGCGAAAGGGACAUCUGUCGCCUCUAAGUACUAAUAUCUCUGUCCUGUUGUCAUUCUAUUAUGUUUCGUUUAACAGGGCAUAGUGCAUUUCUGAGCAACACUGUUGAAAAAUAGCUUACUUAAACUAUGACUUAACUAUGAAUUAACGCAGACUGUAUAAAUCUUUUAUUAUUUAUUUUGAAACAUGCGUAAAUAAUUUAUAAGUAUGUAUUAUUUAAAGUAUUUAUUAUAAAACUAUAUUUUGUGAUUCUGACUUGACAGUUGCAUUUCGUCGCCUUACAGUGAAAACCAUGUAAGCGCCUCUUUUUGAAAAAUUACGUUCUGAUUUGAUUAUUUUUGAAAAAUCAAUUUCUUUCAAUGAAGAACUUUCCAGGGUACGUUCCUCAAAAUCAAUAUAGAUGGCGCUGUACAGUUUUGUCUUAGUUUAACUGUCUAAUUUAAAGGAUAACAGAUAUACGAGUAUGUAUCUUUCAUCUUUGUUUUUGGGUAAAAAUGAUGACCCUUUUUAUUACACCCAGGCACAAUUACUUCUUCCACCCAUUAUUAUUCUGAUCAAAAUAAAGAGAAUUAAUAUAGGUAGCAACAUAAUUCUAUACAUAAUGUGAUCCAAAUAUCAAGCUACAAUUAUUUUUAUAUAAAUUCUUCUGCCUUUACAUUGUAUUUUGGAAUAAUUUUGUACCUAAGUAAUGAGAAAAUAGGUAAUUAUCACGUUAAGACGGAACAACGCCAUCUAUGUUGUAUUUGAUGAUCGUCGCCUGGAAAGUACCUCAUUAAUUUAAUUCCGGGUAAAAAUUGAGACCACACAUUUUUACAAAAACAAAUCAAAUAAUUUUAAAAUAUCGAAUUAAACAAGCUAGUAUUAAUCCAGGUAAAUUAUUAAAAAUUGAAUUUGAAUUUUGUAAAAAUUGAGACCACACAUUUUUACAAAAUCAAAUCAAAUCAAUUUAAAAUAACGAAUUAAACAAGUUAGUUUCAAUCCAGGUAAAUUAUUAAAAUUGAAUUUGAAUUUUGUAAAAAUUUAGACGACACAUUUUUACAAAUAAAAUUAGCUUGUUUAAUCCGAUAUUUCGUUAACAAAAAAUCACAUAAAAAUGUGAUUUAACAAUAAGGCGCUUACAUGUUUUUCACUAUAGUGCGACGAUUUAUUUGUUUGCAAAAUGUUAUGAUGAUGAAAUGCCACCAAUCUUGUGUGAGAUUGCUGUCGGUCAGUUUCAAGCAACAUUAUAGAAUACUUACAUAAAUUUUUUUAUUAAUGUAAAUAUUUAAAAAUUAUUAAAAAAAGCAGUUAUUGAUUAUGACGAGAAAUUGAAGCCUGACCAUUUUUUUUUUAAUUUAAUUGUUGUAUCUAUGAAUUUCCAAAGCAGUACCCGCCUAAAGGCUAAUGAGUGCAUUAAAACUGCAAGCUAGCUGCAAAAUUGCAUGUGGGAUGCCGGUUUUGUGUGGUUGGCAUCACGGCAUUGAAACUGCAAAACGACAGCAAUAAAAUGCGUUUGCGAUGCGGUCUGUAAUAGUUCUAUCGUAGAAAAUAAUAUGGAUCCGAAUUACGCCAUUUGCUCCACCGCUUACGUAUUAACAUAAUUUCCUCCUUCCUUUUUUUUCUCCUUUCCUUUUUCCUUUUUUUAUAUAUUUUUUCUUUCCUUUAUUACUGUAAUUAGCUCUAUAUCGCCGCUUUAUAGUAAAAACCACCUAAGCUCGUUUUUGAAAAAUCACAUUCGGAUGUGAUUUCAGUUUAUACCCAACAUGAAAUUAAUUAAAUGAAAUUGAGGUUUUGGUGAAGAUAAUUUAUUAAUUUAUUAAAAAAUAU